GCGAGCUGACUGGCUGUGCUGGAGGAAAACACGGAAGUCAGCGUGUGUCUGUAGUUCGGUGGAGGCUGUUCGGUGUGGUCAGUCCUAACAUGGAGCUUUAAACCGGGUCACAUUCCUCCGCCGGAGCCGCCGCUGAGGUCCGCAGGUCCGGGAGCUCCGGGACGAAUCAGUCCAGCCGGUAGGAGGCGGAACCGGAGCAUUACACCUACGGCUAUUAGCCCUUUAGCCUGUUAGCUGCGGUCCGUUACUGCAUCUGAGCAGGAUGUCGGUCUUCAUACACACUCGCGGUGAGGCCGGCGGUGGCGUCGCUGCCCACCUCCAGUGCCCCCACUGUGGACACUUCUCCAGAAGCCACGCCCACCAGCUGACCCACAUGGCGGCGACCCACCCCGCCUGCCUGGACUCCGUGGUGGUCGGUCGCCUCGGCAACAUCCUGAUGUACCAGAGCAGUGCCCGGCUGUUCCACUGCUGUGACUGCUUCUACACCAGCCGCGACUUCACCAAGCUCUACAAGCACCUGGUCACCAAGCACUGCAUUCCCGAGGACGGAGGAGAUGGAGGGGACGACAGGGGGAAGGAUGCCGCUGACAGGAAGAGCAGCGUAGAGGUGGAGGAGGUGGAGGUGGAGGAGGAGGAAGAGGAGGCAAAGGAAGAGGUGAAGAAGGACGUGCUGAUGUUCGACGGCGGCGGCUACCGCUGCCUGAUCUGUGGCCGCAGGAACAAGCUGAAGGCGCUGGGCGUCAACCACGUGGUCCGCAAACACGACAUCCCCAAAGCCUACGCCUCCCAGGCUGUCACACGGGACGCCGCCGCAGCCAAUCAGAUGCAGCUGCCAGAGGAUGACGAGGUGGCUGGGCUGAGUGGCGAGCUGCUGAAGGAAGAGAUGGAGGCCAUGGCCAAAGUUAUAAGAUUCACCUCCAACCGCUUCGUCUGCCUGAUCUGUGGCUGGAAGACCAAACUCAGAGGUUUCGCCAUCAGUCAUGUGGUGCGUUACCAUGACGUUGAGCGUCCCUACGGCUGCAAGGAUUGCAAUCGCAGCUUCUUCCUGCCCAGCCGGCUGCAGCAGCAUGUCAGGGCGUCCCACCGGCCCGGACGCUACGCCUGUCCCUUCUGCUGCUUCAGGUCCCACUUCCUGGGAGGAUUCAUGAGGCACUGCAGCCGCUGCAACGCCCGGGAGGAGGGGGAGGAUGAAAGAGGAGCAGCAGAAACAGCAGGAGGAGGAGCAGGGGAGGAGGAGGAGGAGCACGACGACAAAGACGCCAAGCAGACCAGAGGAGCCAGGAAACGAAAGAGGACAGAGAGGCUGGUGGAGGAGGUGGAGGAGGACGAUGAGGACGACGAAGACUGACGGGGGACAGCCAGGAAGUAGACCACAUCCAGGAAGUAGACCACAUCCAGGAGCUAAACUGAACUGUGUUUUUAUUGUCAGCGAUGGGACCGAAAGAUUCAAUUACAAACUUUUUUUAAAAUAAAAACCAAACGUUCUGGCAGA